UCCAGUUUUCAGUGUUCCUCUCCGCAGUGUUUUCAGAGCCGUUUCUACUCAGGACAAAGUUUUCAGUCGUUUCUGAAAACUGAUUAACUUUUUAAACUGUGCUGUUGAACGACCCCCCCCCCCCCCGUGGGAGGAUUUCCUUUAAAAAGCUUUUAUUUUGGAACCAGCCGGAGACAACUGAUGACUUUCUCCGAGAUGGACUAACUGAGUUCUUUUGCUGUUUUUUUGGUUUGAAAGGCUUCUUCAGAGUACAGAGCGCAGGAGCUGAUCCAACUACUGCUGAAGGUGAAUGCUGACAAAUACUCCUGCACCUUUGCCUGCUCUUGGUGAAAAGUAACUAAGUACUGAGUACAAACUUGAGCUGCAGACAUGCUUUCUCUGGAUGAACCUCUGGAUCUGAAGCUGCCCUCGGGACGGACAGACGGACGCGUCACGUUAGGAAAGAGAGCGUAUCCCUCCACCAUCAGCAGACCCCGCCUGCUGAGUUCCAGCUUCCCAUCGCCACCCUCCUCCCCAGAGUCGCAGUUCUCCCCUCAGGAUGGACCCGGGUCCUGCUGCAGUCCUCCAGCCGUGGACCUCCGCCUUGCCCCCCCCUCUCCUUCAUCCCCCUCCUCCCUGGACUCCCCACACAGCAGUCCCCGGCCUCACGUUUUCUCUCAGGAGUCCUCCCGUCCUCGGGGUGUGGAGGUAGGUGCUUUCCCUUUCUUCCUCCCCGUUGGGACCCCCCCCCGGUUCAGCUUCCCCUCCUCGGUGCUCAGGGGUCCAACCAGAGAGAAGCUUCCGGAAACAUCCCAGGACAGUCAGCUGACCUGCAGGUGGAGGAAGUGCCGCCUGCUGUUCGCCUCACUGCAGGAGCUGGUCGACCACAUCAACGACUUCCACGUGAAACCUGAAAAGGAUUGUGGGUACUGCUGCCAGUGGGAGGGCUGCCAGCGUAACGGAAGGGGCUUCAACGCCAGGUAUAAAAUGCUGAUUCAUAUCCGCACACACACCAAUGAGAAGCCACACCACUGUCCCACCUGCAACAAGAGCUUUUCACGCCUGGAGAACCUGAAGAUACACACCCGCUCACACACAGGAGAGAAGCCCUACCUGUGUCCGUAUGAAGGCUGCAGCAAGCGCUACUCUAACUCCAGCGACCGCUUCAAGCACACCCGGACUCACUACGUGGACAAACCGUACGGCUGCAAGAUGUCCGGCUGCCUGAAGCGCUACACCGACCCCAGCUCGCUGCGCAAGCACAUCAAGGCCCACGGGCACUUUGUGGCCCCGGAGCAAGGGGCUGCCACGGGCCGCCUGGCGGGGGGACUCCUGGGGCUCCAGCAGGGUGAAGCGCCCCCUCUUGGCGGGGCCCGUUUCCUCCUCCCUGGGGCCUUUUUGGGGGGCUUCGGGGCGCCUCUCUCCGCUUACUGCCGCCUUGGCUGCAUGGGGCCCCUCGGCCUCUCCGACUCCCCCCUGAUACACUUCGGACUCUCAGCGGCAUCCAUUCUGGGGCUGGGGGCUUUGGGUAGGGGGGUGUCGAACAGAGAGGAGGAAGAGGAAGAGGAAGAGGAGGAAGUGGAGGCAUUAAAUCUGUCUGCAGGGGGGGGACCCGGACGAAGGGACCCUCUGUCCUGGGUACUGGUUCCCCAGAGGGCCCUGCUGCUCAAACCAGCUGUUGUUUGAUAGGAUGUGCACCUUUGUGUGUGUGUGUGUGUGUGUGUGUGUGUGUGUGUGUGUGUGUGUGUGUGUGUGUGUGUGUGUGUGUGUGUGUGUGUGUGUGUGUGUGUGUGUGUGUUGAGUGAACAACGCCUGAUCAGGUUGCAUUAUUCUGACGCUUUAAAGGGUGAGUUCCCUCGCCUGGAACCAGGAACCAGCCUUCACGGUGAGGCCGCUGACCCUUCAGUAUUUGUUUUCCUUCCACUUUCUUCACUCUUUCCCUUCGUGGACCAUCGGCUGAACUAACGCAGGUCAUGGAAGGGCACACGCACUAACCAUUUUCUACUUUUUACUUUUGACAACCUCCUCAAACUGCCGCUCAUAACUAAAGUACAUGUGGUGAUGCAGGAUGCUGGGGAGCAACGAGGAAUAAAGUCUGUCCAUAAUUUAUGCAGCAUGAAGAGACUUCUCCACAGCCAAUAACACAGCAGCCUGGAUGCGUCCUGCAGGCAGAGCUUGUGCAAUGAAAGGCUUCAGAACGAGGUGUAAAUCAUUGGAAUCUCUGACAGCCACUCCCACACAAUGGAGCCCCUCAUGAAAACACAUUUCUGUGGUCAUUUUUAUGAAACUGUUUACAGGGUAUUUAUCCGCUGGAACUGUUUAGACGCUGCUCUGGUUUGAGUCAGACAGUACUGCAGUACAUUUACUCAUACUGUACUUUUUGAGGAACUUUACUGGAGCAUUUCCCUUUAAUGCUGCUCCACUCUGUUCUAGAAGCACCUUUCCAUCAGUAACGCUCCCACAGACUGAAGAUGCUCCGAGUAAAAGAGAUCGAAACAAUACUUGAGUAAAAGUAUACAUGAGCAAAAUGUAUUCAAAGUUUCAAAAGUACUCCUUAUGCAGAAGGUGUUGUAUUUACAGAAUAGUACGAUGCUCAGGAGUUAUCACAAAUACACAAGACAGCUUUAUUGGAUGAUGUCAUUCUGGUUUGAUAUUCAGUAUCUGAACACAUCCUGCGGUUCCCUCUGAGAUGUGUUCAGUAGAGGUAUAAAGUGCCAGAAAACAAAAGUACCAAGAUAAAAAAGUACUUGUACUACAUUCUCUUGAGUACAGUGGUUACACUCCACUGGCCAAUACACAUCACGAGUACUUUUACUUUAAGUACAUUUUGAUGCAAAUUCUAUUGUAUUUUUGUAUGUUUUUGUACUGAAGGACUUUUACUUGUAACAGAGUAUUGUUUACACUUUACCGGCUACUCACAUCUGAGUACUCUGCAGUGAGUCAUUUCAAAAGGAUCGGGUUCAUUAAAGAGUCCCUAUUCUGCUUCCUGUAGUGUUCCCUCUCCUGUAGUGUGUUCUAUAGGUGUUGAUGCAUGUAGAAGAAGAGGACUCUUUAAAGUAGAGACACUACAUACUGAUAUACACCUGAACAUCAGCAGGAGAGGACUCUUUAAAGUAGAGACACUACAUACUGAUAUACACCUGAACAUCAGCAGGAGAGGACUCUUUAAAGUAGAGACUCUACAUACUGAUAUACACCUGAACAUCAGCAGGAGAGGACUCUUUAAAGUAGAGACACUACAUACUGAUAUACACCUGAACAUCAGCAGGAGAGGACUCUUUAAAGUAGAGACACUACAUACUGAUAUACACCUGAACAUCAGCAGGAGAGGACUCUUUAAAGUAGAGACUCUACAUACUGAUAUACACCUGAACAUCAGCAGGAGAGGACUCUUUAAAGUAGAGACACUACAUACUGAUAUACACCUGAACAUCAGCAGGAGAGGACUCUUUAAAGUAGAGACACUACAUACUGAUAUACACCUGAACAUCAGCAGGAGAGGACUCUUUAAAGUAGAGACUCUACAUACUGAUAUACACCUGAACAUCAGCAGGAGAGGACUCUUUAAAGUAGAGACACUACAUACUGAUAUACACCUGAACAUCAGCAGGAGAGGACUCUUUAAAGUAGAGACACUACAUACUGAUAUACACCUGAACAUCAGCAGGAGAGGACUCUUUAAAGUGCCGCCCCUGACCUGCACCUGCUUCAGUACCUCUCCACAGGAUGAAUGAUGAUGCUUUAAGACGCAGUAAUCUCUGCGGUGCUCGUAAAGAGUCCCCUGACGGAGAACAGGAGCCUGGCUGUCUGAACGCGUGAUUUCUGAAAGUCACAAGAGAGAAACUGUGGUGACGUAACUGACUGUGGGUUUGAUGUGUGACCCUACAGUUUUCUGUCGCUCCUUCUUUGAUCUAUUAUUCAUUUCCUGACAACGAUCUGCUCAGGAUCCGCCUGGCACCUGGACGCAGGGCGACAAAGGUGUGUGUCAGGCAGUGAACACACUCGCUGCACAAAGAGAGAGCCAGUGUGUCUUUGUUUGACGAUGGCUGCAUGCGGCCAGUAUCCAUGUUGACUUAUGAACUUCCUGUUUGCACAGUGUUGAUGCUCAUCAGUCAGUAAAGGUGUCCAAGUGCCUUGUGUUCUGACUCAAUAUACAAGAACUAUUUACACUCUUUUAUAAAUGUGCUUUUCAUUACCUUUUAAACAUGCGAAACUGAGCAACUCGACCUUAGACUUUCAGGACAAUGACUUAAAGUCAAUAAACUCAAAAAUGAAAACAGUCA